GUGCUGCCGAUCUGGCUUUGAAUAAUUUUGGAUUUUACAUCAUGAGCAUUGUUCACGAUAAGCUAGCGAACGAAUUCCUCAGGAACGGUGGGAUGGAACCAAACUUCUCUUCUGGUAUGAUUAUGUUCAGUCACCUCCCACCAAUCACAAAUUUUUCCAGCCUUGCUGCUCAUUCUGUCGCACCAGCUGUACCUCAGGAUUUGAUCCUUAAAAAGGAUCCCGAUGCUCCAGCAGAAAAAUAUUCUUCAGACUAUAUGCAACCCACCUCUGAUGUUAAAGAGAAAAAGUUCUCCGCACAUGAUGGAUUUGUAUUUUUUAAGAAUAAACUUCUCGAAGAGGAGGAAAUGGGCAGGGGGCAGAGCAUCUUGACCCACAGUCUGAAUCACACCAGUGUAUCACAAGUCAGAUAUGAAAAAGAUUACCUCACUGUUCCCAAACAAGGGAAUGUUAAGAGGACUAAAAAGCAGAACUCGCAAUCUCAGGAUACAAAACCCAAGCGAAAACGAAGUGAAACAUCCAAGUCUUCGACGGGUGGAGACGGUACCAACCUUUCACACGGUCCGAAGGUUCAUAUAUGUGAGCAUUGCUGUGCCUCUUUCCGUAGUUCUUACCAUCUUCGUCGCCAUGUACUAAUUCAUACUGGUGAACGACCUUUCCAAUGUAGCCAGUGCAACAUGUGUUUCAUUCAGAAGUAUCUGCUUCAAAGGCAUGAGAAGAUCCACAGUGGAGAGAAGCCAUUCUGUUGUGAUCAGUGUAAUAUGAGGUUCAUCCAGAAAUAUCACAUGGAGCGACACAAACGGACACACAGUGGAGAAAAGCCUUAUCAGUGCCACACUUGUCAACAGUAUUUUUCUAGAACAGACAGAUUAUUAAAGCACAGACGAACAUGCGGUGAAGUCCUUGGUAAAAGUGAAAAUGGAAUGGAACCUGGACCAUCAAAUCAAAUGGGAAAUGGUUGCUUCACAUCAACUCAGGGAACUACAGGUGCACGCAAGAAAACAAAAUCAAAAACUACAUCUCAGGAGACUAAGGAGAAGACAGCUCGCAAAAAGAAUAAAUCCAACAUUUCUGAACUUCCAAGUAACUUAACCACCUGCAAAGAUAAAUUGUCUGUAUAUAAUAUGCAUGAAUAUGCUGUUGAGAUGCCAAUGGUGUCUUCUAAUAUGAAGUUGGGAAAUGAAGAGGAUUUGCAAACCAGAGCACCGAAACUGGUCAUCAAAAAAGUGAAUCGGAAGAGCCCUCAAAGGACAGGCCUGAACAAUGCGACGCCUCUUGUUAUACCUGCCACUGAACUGGUGAGGCAAAAGCUGAUGACUAAUAAACAAGGGACUUUGGCAUUGAAUAAUAGCACCAGCAUGGAUAAUAUUGUCUUACUGCAGAAUGCAGGCAAUAAGUCUGAACAGGCUAGCAACUGCAACUAUGAUGAUGCUAUGCAGUUUUUUAAGAAAAAAAGAUACCUGCAAGCUGCUUCCAGCAACAAUGACUAUGCAGUAAGUAUAGGGCAGAUGGCAUCUCAACAGUCUGUAAUUCAGGCAGCAGUUGCAAGUGUCAUGGAUAAUGAAACCUCACUUACCCUGCUGGACUCUUCUCCAAUGAAUGUGGACGUGAAAGUCUGUCACGAAAAGUCUGGAAUUCCAGAUGAGGUCCUUCAAAGCCUUCUAGAUCAAUAUUCCCACAAGCAUGAGGGCCAGCAUGAUGUUCCUUUUGAUAUUGCUGACCAACAUAUCCCAAUCCAUUCUUCAGGAGAAAAUCCAGAGAUACAUGAGAAUGCUGUUUGCCCAGAGCCGCAUGCAUCUCGUGGUGACAAAACAGGAAUGCUCCAAGAAUAUUCUAAGUAUCUGCAGCAAGCUUUAGAGAGAACAAGUCAAAGUGAUGGGUUUUCACUAAACCCAGGGAUGCAGUUUUGUCCCUCUAGUCUUCCAUCCAGUCUCCCCAGCCAUAAUUUAUUCCCUGAUAAACAGGCUUAUACUACACCUGCACUCGAGUGUGGUUUCAGUCCAUCUAUUACCUCAGUAUUGCCAACCACCUCACCAAAAUCACAUUUUGGUUUGUUGGUUGGAAGUUCCCAACCUGGCAUUCACUUUCCUGGUACAGAAGCUGCUCAUCAAAGGCUGACGCCAUCUCAGGAGUUAGUGGGGCAGCUGGAACAACAAAAGAACUUGGAAGCUGGCCUGAACCAUCAGGUCUAUCAGAUUGAGAAUUUUGCCCAGGCCUUUGGAUCUCAGUUUAAGUCAGGUGGUAGAGUGCCAAUGACCUUCAGCAGUGGCACCAACGAAGAGGCAGGCCACAGAAUAAGGACUACAGUUUCUGAAUUCUCAGGGUACACUAAUUUGUUGUCUGAUGCUAAUGAGCCAAUUAGUACAGGAGCCAAGACUCCAACCAGCCAAAGUUACAGGUAAGGUCAUAAGUAUGACCAGGCUGGAGGGCCUUGAGUGCUUGAUACCAUGUUUUUGACCAUGUGUAAGCACAUUGCCAGUCCAAAUGUUUAUAUAUCAGGUUCUGAGAAAAAAUGUAUGAAGCCCUUCCAAUGCAACAUUUUACCAUUUUGUUUGGUGCAUUCAGUCUGUAAUCAUGUUAGAACAGUUUGUAUUAGGAAUAAAUUUUAAACACAGUGGAUAGGCAGAAAAUUAAAUAAGUCUGGAAUUUUUUUCUCAGUGGAUUGGGAAAUGUUUUAGCAGAAUAGCAUGACUUGGAUGGGGUUAAAUGUUUUUUUGUGGGAUUUGUGUUUUUUUAAAAUUCAACUGUACUAUUAAUGGAAAAAAGAGUAACUCAAAGCAUCAGGGAAGUGCUCAACGUUCAAUUUUCAAAAUAGAGACAUCAAUAAUAUUGAGCUAUGGCUCUAGUUUGUAGUAUGACUCAGGAAACAUUUGAUGCAGUAAGGGGAGAUUUCUAUUGAAACAAAUUCCACAAGCACUGACUUGAAAGGGGAGCAGAACUUUGAUGUUGGGAAUUUUGCUGUGCACAUCUGUGCAUUGAAGCAUUUGGUCCCUGAAAACAGCUUUGAAGCUGUAAAGCAGUAACCUCAUUGAGUCAAAAGGAACUAAUGACCAAUUUCAUUUCAGUGUAGUAAUAAAAAAAAGGUUUUUAAAAAUCUUUAAAAAAAAUUAGGUAGGCAAGACUUUAUUUACCUCAUUCUGCAUUUUGAAAGCCGUGAAUAGGCAGGUACCAAUGCAAGUAUCAGUAGUACAAGUAGCAUGAAUCAACAUUGUGUAAAUAUAAUAAUUCCCACUAACCUUAGUGAUGUUUACAGGAGAAAAGAUCCUUGUUUCAGAAAACUGCAAAGUACAGGGUGAAAGGAUGAAAUUGCAGUACUGUACAGUGAAAACUAUGGGUUCAAAGUAUAUUGAAAGGUUCAGUAUGCUACAUAAAGUCUUUUAAAGUUUCAUAGUGUUGCAAAACCAUAGUGUUACAGUUCAGAUUUGCCCAUCAGUUUAAUGGUAACAACCUGCUAUUAUAAUAGCCAUUAAAAGUGUGUGGUAAUUUGCUGCUUUAUUUUGAGUUUUAAGAAAUUGAAAAUGAGAAAUAGUCAAAAGUAACAAAUUUAGUUAAACCAACACAUGCUUGAUUUAUUGGCCUAGUUGUAUAUAUUCAAAGUAAUUUUACUUUGAUUCUGUAUUCCAUCCUGAAUGCCUGAGGACGCAAAUGAUUACAGUGCAUAAGCUUUGUUAUUUAUAAUUCAUAAAUAGUUUGUGUAGUUUCAGAGAGAUAUCUGUAAGAUUGCUAACAAUUAUAUUGUAUGUUUGAAAAAGUUGUAUUUGACUUGAAUUAUCUCAAGGAACAGUUAGAGCAUUUCCCUUAUCUGGGAAAAGCCAGUGGAAUAGUAAGUAAACUCUAGCUGUGGAUUGUAAGUCUAGAGUCAAAGAUGUCUCCUAGAGUUUUUCAACCCAUAAUACGUCUAGUGGUACAAUGAUCAGAAAUUGUCUAAACAGCAGUAAUCAAGAUCCACAGCUUCCUUUUCUUGAGUGUGUUGAUUAUAAUCAAGACUAGAAUUGGACCUGCUUUCAAAUGAUUCCAGCAGUGUUCAUGUUGCUGAUUGAGCUUAACUGUACAUCAGUUUAUCACUAAAAUAUCUAAGCCUUUAAAACCGUUGUAAACUAAAUGCUAGGUAUCCUUUUAUUUAAUUUGAGGCUAUGUGCCCUGCUAGUAAAUACACUGCCUGUUUUUUUUUGUUGCCUGUUUGAACAAGAAAUUUAAUUCAGUCUUUGGUGGAACACGUGCAUGGAGGAAAAUUAACUCUGUUCUUUGUCCAGCGUAGUGAAAUGAGAUUCUUUUUGAACUGAUAAAAUUGUAACAUUAUAGGACCUGAAAUUUAGAGUGUCCUGAUAGGUUUGGAUGAAGGAGGACCUCAUCCCAAUUUGAGUGCUCUCUCCAUAAUACAAAAUCGGUUGUCUUCCCAUUGCAGCAUCUAGCUGUUUCAUAAAUUAAUCCAGUACCCUCUGAUUAAACACUCUUCUUGAUAACCCAGUCUUUGUCCUAAUUUUGUCAUUCAUUGUUCCAAAUCCCUGUAUCUUGCUACCCUGAAUUAUCUAAAAUUAUUGCUUUGAGUUCCUUUACUCUGAUUCCUUACCAGAGAACUUUCCAGAAGAGCCCCAUCUUAUCGUCUUGUUCAUGUGAGGAUACUAAUUAGGAGCUGGAGUAGGCCAUUUGGCCCCUCCCACCCGUUCUGCCAGUUGUCCCAAUUUUUUUUUCUUCUUUGUUGAUGGACUUUACCUCACAUCAAGUUGUAAACUUGGAUUGCUUGCCAAAUCAAAAUCUCAUCCACAAUGGUUGAGUUUUUGUUUUGUUCGCAUGCUUGUUUAGAGUCAUUGCUGAGUGCUGUUGGGGGAAGAGUGGAUUGGUGGAAGGGAAGUGAGAAAAGACUGAAACCCUUGCUUCACAAUAGCAUCAGUGAGCAGGCUACACAAUGGGAGGAGAUGUGCAGUGAAUGAUCUUAAUAAUGUGCAAGUGUCGAUGUAGUUUUCCCAGUUGUGUAUGUCUAUACAUUCAUUUUUUGACUGGAGAAAUUUCUUCGUCUAAAUCCACAUUUUAGCAGUAAACCGUGGCAUUUAGAUGACAGAUGUUUAGCCACAACCCAAUGAGACUAAAUCAGUAAGUCACAAUUUAUCCAUCCUCGCCUUGUUAUAAUGGAGCAAUAUUGAAGUGAGAUGAUUCUGUACUGAUUGUUUCUUUUACCAGAAGAGGAGACCGCCAAGUGAUUCCCAAAAAUGGAUUUCAUCAAUUUUACUUGCAAGCAGUUGAUGGUAAUUGGCUUCUGACCAUUUUUAAAGUCACAAUGCGUCAGAAUGGUUCUGUAUCUAAGAGGCAUAACCAUUCUUGUUGCUAUUGAGAUAAUAGACUUUUCAUUGCUAAAAAGUUAUGAAAAUUUGCAAUUAAAAUUUCAUACCAAAUGGAAUAUGCCUACAAGCCAUUUACUACUUACUAUUUUGGUUACUUAUAUCUAAAAGUGGAUAGAGGAGUCAACACUAGUUUAAGGUAUGUUGUGUAUAAUGUACUAAUGCAGUUGCAUGUUUUGUGGAGCAUUCGUUUUAACUUUGACUUCUGCUAUUUCCCUUAUUAGUGCACAAUUCAUUUCUUUCCAUUUUCAGUCAGCAAUUACAUCAAAUUUCCAUUUUCUGCUUGAAAUUAUAAAGGGCAGGUGCUACCGCUUUUUCAUUUUUGCCCCACUUUUAGAAGUGCCCCACUAGUUGGAAAUUUAGAUUUGCAAUUUUGUUACGUGUUGUUAGUGACCAUAGUUGAUCCAGUUUUCACAAAUAUGUAGGAUUCACCACAAUGCCACAGUGAAUGGCCAGCUAUGAAAUACUUUUGAAUUAAUCUUUUAAACAGGUGACUAGAAUGUUCUAAUCUGAUACACUCCAUCUACUUCUGUCAAAACAUUAUAGACUAAAUCAGGUAUUGUAUAUAACUACCUUUUUAUCAGCUUAUUUGCUGUAAAAUACAUGUCACGUGAGUCUGGAUUGUAUGUUCAGAGAUAUUCAUUAUACCAAGUGUUUCAGUAGAUUAGAUGAGAUCAUUUGCUGGCAACUUAAUAAUACUCUUGACAGAAAUCACACUCUGUAUAAAGUACAUCUUUCCACAAGCACCUUUAUUGAUAAGUUAUAUUUUUAAAGCCAUAACUAGGCCUCACUAAAUCAAGCUUUGAAGCGCCAUAAAGCCACUUACUAAACCAUUCCCCUGUGCGCCUGUGUGUGUGUAGUGCAGUAUUGGUUAUAGUAAUCUGUUAUCGCUGUAAUAUUUCCCAUUGAAAAUUUUGUGAACUGUUCAACUGAUAAAGGAAAAAUUUGAGUUUAGAUUUUAGGAACAUUCAACUUGUAGUCGCACAAGUGCUAUAAAUUGGUGUUAUUUUAGGUUAUUCAUUACGCCAUCAAGAGAAAAUUGAACUGUUAUUAUUUAAUUAGCAACAUGAAACAAAGGCCUCCUAUGACCUCAGCAAUAAUGAAUGUGACGUAGUGGAUUCCUAUUUCCUGCUUUCAUACAAGAGAGUAGAGUAAAAUUAUUUAACAGUGAUUGGAAUAAUCACACUUGUGCAGCUAAAGAUGUAAAAAUUUUAGUCAUUUUUUAAUAUCAAUUCUAUUACCCUUAUGUCUCUUCCAGUGAUCUAAUGCAUUUUAUCUGGCAAGACUUUGUGAAUCUUGUUCAAAGUUAUUUGCUGCUAAUAACUUAGAUCAGAUUGUAGAUAUAUCUUUAGGGGGUUAUUAGAUCACAUCUCCCUCCUCUAACUACAUGCUGUGACGUAAUUAUUUGCCAAUUGCCCAAUGUAGGCGUAUUUCUAGAUAUAACCGGCAUACUCAGCCUAGCAAUAUAUAAAAAGGAAAGAACAAAUUCCUCUGAAUAUAAGAUUUAGAUUAAAAUAUAUAUUCCAGCAGGUCCAGCUAAGGAUUUAUCACCUCAUUAUGAACUCAUUUGACCAACUUGCUUGAACUUAUUCGAAAAUAGUAAUCAAGGCUUAGUUUCUUAGAACCAACUUUAAAAUUAUAUUUACUUCUGUGAGGUUUUAUAGCUCAAUAAUACUUUUUGGUUCAAUAAUACUGUGAAUAUCUGCAACAAUGCAUUUUAGAAAAUAAUAGAAUUUGUGAUUUUGUAAUCUAGCCAAAUUCAGUAGAUGUUUUUAAAAUGUAACUCCGUAACACUGAUUCAGUAAUGCUGUCUUUCACAAACUACUCCCAAGUGUGAAAGGCACAGUUUGGAAAGAGGAAUCCAUAAAGACAGAUUUAAAUCUAUAGUUCUGCUAUAAUAUUCUAUUUUAUGCUUGUUUUUAAAAUCCUGGCCUGAUUGCCUAGAAAUGACCACAAUGUGAUCACAAUUAAUUAACUAACCUCACUCAAUAUGCCGAGUACAAUGUGAACUUCUUAAUUUAAAAAUCUUUUUUGCAAUUUUUUUGAUUUCUUCCCAAGAAGGUUAUUUCUGAUUAGAAGAAUUGUAGCACAAUGUAGCUUCAAAUAACAUUAUUCUGUGUGCUGCAAGGUCACAGAAUAUACCCUGCAUGAAUGGAUUUCUAUGUAAUUGAGUUAUAUGGGGAAGUGAACUGGAUACUUUUCUAAGACCUUACACCGCAAGUUAUUAAUGAAUGCAUCAUUGUGAAAUCAGGCUGUGUACCUUCAAUGUCAGGAAAUGGUGUCUUUUUUGUCAAAUGUCUAUCCACAUAUACCAAUUUGGAGGAACAGAUGAUGGUGUUGCAUGAAGCACUGAUCCGAGUUAGCUUCCUGUGUUGCAUGAUCAAUAUAAUUCAUGAAACAAGUUACAGACAAAUGAACCUCUUGGAGGGGCUGCCAGAAACUGGCAAGAUGUUUUUAAAUAAUUUUUCAUCAGUCCCAGAAAAUCAGGAUUUGUUGCUGAUCGUUGAGCCCUGAAUUAAGUAAAGUGUAUUUAGCAUGGGCUGUAUUCUUUCCUGACUUUAAUGUGGAUUACCACCUUUCUUGUAUUUUGUGACCCAUCAUAUGGAGCAGGUGAUUCUUUUUAGAACUUUGGCUGUAGAAAUUUUCUUCAGAUUUUUAUCUCUAAGAAAAACUGCCCUUAUAUUUCAGAUUUAAAUUCUAGUAGGAAAUCCAAAUGUGUAACUUUGUAUCACAGUGUCACAUUGAAAAUCUUCAAAUAUGGGUAAUGUUUGUAGUACGGAAUAGAUUAACAAGAGAUUCCACCAUUAAAUAUUCAGAAGUAGUCUGUAGUGCAUAAUAUUUUCCUUAUCUAGCUGCAUUUAUGUCUAGAAAGUUUAGUAGAUUUUAAUUUUGCAAUAAAGAAACAAACUGCAAUUUGUAUAAAGGUUGUACCAUUUCAUUUGGCGGGUUGGAGGAGAGAAAUAUUAGCAUUCCUUUUUUCCCCACCCCUUCCACAUGUACACACACACACUCACAAGAAAGAGGUGUGAACAGUGAUUUGUAAGUAAAGGUGUUAGAACACUACUUAUUAAAGAACCCUGGAGUUACUCUUCGUCCCGCGUCCACAUUAGUACCAGCUACAGACUGAAAUCAGAAAAGCCUUACUUGGCAUCGUAUAUGGUUGCUGACUCUGGUUGGACAUAAUCCUGGAGGUUCCAUCUUGUGAUCACUAGUAUUCAGCCAUUCUGCCCAUUCCAAAAGCUAUUUUCCCAUCUUCAGUAUUUUCAUGACUAAUAAAAUGAAAAAUGCUCCUAUGAUUUUUUUUCUUCCAGGUUUCUCACAGCAGGAGACUCCUGGAGACUCCUGGGCAAUCCUGGAGGGUUGGCAAUCCUGACCCCAUCUCAAUCUUGACACUCUAAGGCUAAUUCAAUAGUACUUCUCACCCUGGGCAAUAUGAAAUCAGCAGUACAGAAUAUUGUAGAUAAUUAAUCCAGGUGGUGAUAAUUAAUCCAGGUGGUGAUCUAUGCAAAUUUUAUUUCACAAAUGUAAAAGAACUUCCUUCCUAUUGAACAUUUUUCUCAACUUGCAACUCUUGCGACUGCAUUAACAGGACUUUGGUAGACCUUGAAGCGACUUAACAUACGAAAACUUCGAGAGCUAUUCUGUUCUGUUAUAGAGCUGCAGAUAUUCCGUGUUUGUCAUGAAAAGCCAUUACAGUGUAAGCCUUGUAAAUAUUAUACAUUUAUAAUAUUUAAAUAUUUUCACCAGAAUUCAGAUAUGUGAAUGUUUAGAGGUCAUUUUUUUCAUGUCUGUACAAACCUCAAUUAUCAAAUUUAAUGACUACUUAUCCUGCUAUUUCAUGAGGUGUGAACAGGCUGACAUCAGUUCGUUUGAUACACCAACACAAGGAUUUUUAGAUAUCUUGUAUCAAAUCUGCUAAUUACAAGCUUUUGAAAAGGCAAAGUAAAUGUCUAAGUUUGUAGUUUAAAUUUCCAAAAAAAUUCAUGAUCUUUCCUAUGUAACACAGUUAAAGGGAGUCUACUGUUUUUUUCUGUUUUUUUGUUUUGCACAUGACUAGUUCUCAACCUGUGUAGAACUUAAAUUUGAGAUUGCAUAAUGAACAUGAGUGAAGGGGGCAGAAAAGGAUUCUGCGGUAAUGCUGUAAUUAGAAAGCGUCAAUGUCAUGCAGUGGAGACUUUAAUCAACACUUGCAGCUAUUAUUAAAGCACCAAAAACAAAUGCAAUAUUCUGUGAAUUAGGAAAAUCUGUUAUCUCUCUAUUUAAACCGUUAGCCUUAUAUAUUAACAUACCACAUUUACCUCACAAUAGCAGUUUUUGUAGAAAGUGUUUAAUUGUGCAUUUUUUUACAAGUUUGUAAGGAAACUGUUUACUUCCACUCAUUAUGUGAAAUAUAUUUGUAUUAUGUAAGAACCCUUCUGUUAUAAUUGAGCAGUGUAAUCCUUAUUUGCUUCACACUUGAUCCAAAUUAUGUAAUGGAUUAUGACUUCUACCUUUUUUCUUUUGUAUAGAUCAUGAAAUAUUUCAUGUGAACUUUAUUAAUGGUCAAGCUAGUGUGUGGUGCACCAUUUCUGACAUCAAUAAAAUGUUCCUGCCAACCUAA